AUGAACUUUUCAACUGAAAUUAACAUUGCUGCUAACAGUCCUGCACCUGAGCUUCAAGCUACGGGUAUCGCUCACAAUCCUGAGGAAGUGGUUAUCACGAUGGAUGGUAUCCACUGCCAUGUACUCAGCUCUGCAGAGGAUCUUCAGAUUCAAAAAUUACCUAGGAAUUCCAUCCAUGAUGUUGCAACCAUUAGCGAAACAGAAUUAUAG